GCGUUAGGCAGAGAUCACUGGGUUGCCUAAAGAUUCCACCAGUGAUCUCGGGAUGAAACAACGCAAUCCCCAGAGAGAGGGCGCACCUUCAAAAUUUAGCUCGAGAACUACGCGCCAAAGUGUAAACAGCAGGAUGGGCAUAAUUGAAUUUGACUUGGAAUUCUUCAUCAAUACAUCAAAUCUAUUCGUUUGUAUCCAAUAUCAAAUGUAUAUUCGAAAAAUGCAGAUAUGGUGACAAAAUGGUAUAGCUCCCUGUUCAAGGAUCGAGUGUUAAAAAUAAUAAGUAGUGAAAAUUUGCUUUUACUAAUUAUACUAGAAUUUGUUGUCUCAAUAAGGAACAGAGUACGUAAUUCUUCUGUUGAAAUGUUUUCCGACUAUAGACUUUUUUAUGAAUAAAGAAUAAAUGUAUGCCUUUCUGUGCUCCUUCAACUCCGACAGAAGAGACGAUAUUUUGAAUUUUCAAAUGAUCCUAGAUUUUUAAAGUUUUUAAUACGUAGAAAUAAUUCAGAAACUCAUUUCUAAUUAUGUCCUCCAAUACCGAUAAUGACGUAGAAUUGCUGCAAGUAUGGCUAGAAGAUAUGACCAAGAAUUUACAACAAUAUAAAGAACCAAUUUUAGAUGAAGAAGUCGUAAAGGUUUUGAAAAUAGCUUGUGAUACUUUCAAACAAGAUGUACAUGUAUUCGUCAGCUCCAUUGAGAUAUUAGAAGAAUACAUACGGCGGAAAGACAAGAAUUAUGAUGAAAUUUUAAUUCUUGCAACAAGUAUCUUCAUAAGCAGUAAAUUUACAGGAGAACAAAUUGAUCUGAAAGCCAAAUACAUUGUCAAGUUUCUCCAUAGACUUACAAAUGUUGAAUAUAAUUUCAGAGAGGUAGUGGCUGCAGAAGUCGAUAUCUUGAGGAUUUUAGAUGGAUCUUUACCAAUGUCAACAAUCGUUGAUGACAUUAAUACUAUAAUUGAACUACAUGUAAGAGAAAUUAGGCUGAAAGCAAACAUAAGACCUCUCAGCCUGGAAAUAGUUCAACUACUGUAUAUUUGCAGGAAGACAUGGUUUCAUGAACUCAAAAAUAUAUACAGUCAGAAUGAAGAAUCAUUUUUAGUUUUGAAAUUCCUGAUAGGUUGUAGACUUUACUUACCUGUUGUCAUUUUGAUAACUUGCUUGCAUUUAACUAAUUAUAAAUAUAUUUUAGAUAUAGGAUCUAUCAUAAAUGAUAUGACAAAUUUAACUAAGAUACACCAUGAUCAUUUACGUGUUUGUGCUGGGAUCAUGAUUAAUUUAGUUAAAAGUAACUCAAACUGAAAUUCAUAACAUUUAUCAAUUAUUGGAUUCAUAGAGAGAUUAUAUAAUGAUUUUAAAGAAGUAUCGACUCAAAACAGAAAUUAUAGAUGUGGCCCAUUUCUUUAAAACAGCAAAAUUAACCAAAUAAUUGUAAUAGAAACGAAUGCAAUCAAUCACAAACUAACAGCUUUAUACUUACUUGCUAGAGUCAAUUAACUGAUACAUUUUACCAGUUUCUAUUGUGUUUUAAUAUCUUAACGAUUUUCCUUUUUCACUUCAAGUCAAAAACAUGAAAUGUCUUUAUUUAUGCUGUUACUUCAACAAUAAUAUCUCAUCUUUCUCUCUUACUUUUCUAUUUAAAUAUAUCACCUGUAUGGAUUUUGACGAUCUUUGUUAUUGGUCUAACCACUAUAACUAUAUGUUAAUAACUAUUUAAACUGUCAAAAAAGUUAUCUCAUCAUGCAAUAAAAUAUUGAU